CGGUGUCCAACACAGAGGGUCACAAGGCCUGUAUGAAACCUCCAAUCUGGAUCGCGGCGGCAGCAACAGAAAGAAGAUAGAGGAAUUCUCUAGGUCUUCUCGUGACAAACUGGUCCAGUCGAAGAACAAAAUGUUCUCAAAAUUCACAUCGAUUCUACAGCACGCAGUCGAGGCGCUUGCACCCUCACUGCCUUUGCAGGAAGACUUUGUUUAUCACUGGAAAGCCAUCACCCAUUACUACAUAGAAACAUCAGACGAUAAAGCCCCCGUGACGGACACCAACAUCCCGUCCCACCUGGAGCAGAUGUUGGACAUCCUGACGCAGGAGGAGUUGGAGAGAGAGUCUGGAGAGACUGGGCCCUGCAUGGAGUACCUCCUGCACCACAAAAUCCUAGAGACCUUGUAUACCCUCGGCAAGGCGGAUUGUCCUCCAGGAAUGAAACAGCAAGUCCUGACUUUCUACACUAAGUUGUUAGGACGCAUUCGCCAGCCUCUUCUUCCCCACAUCAAUGUUCAUAGACCUGUACAGAAACUCAUCCGUCUGUGUGGGGAGAUCCUUGCUGCUCCCACGGAGAAUGAGGAGAUCCAGUUCCUCUGCAUUGUCUGUGCCAAACUGAAGCAGGACCCCUACCUCGUCAACUUCUUUCUGGAGAAUAAAGUGAAGAGGCCUGACCCGAAGAGUGCCGAUGCCGAAGGGGUCAGGGAGGACUAUGCUUCUCCAGACACCGGUCAGACCCAGGCAGGAGGACCGGAUGCUGAACCACCUGAGCCCAAGGCCGAUGCCACCAUCCAGUCGAACCACGUCAACAACUACAACAUUGUCACGUCUCUCCUUAACCUCACCAAGAGCCCGGAUGGCAGGAUAGUUGUGAAGGCGUGCGAGGGCCUCAUGCUGCUGGUCAGCCUGCCUGAACCGGCCGCAGCCAAGUGUCUGACGGAGAACACGGACCUCUGUGUUCUCCUGACGGACCGACUGUCAGCCUUCUACAAGGCCCUGCCCACGUCCAUGGAUCCGGUGGACAUCGAGACGGUGGAGUCGGUCAACUGGGGCCUGGAUGUUUAUAACAUGAAGGACGAUGCUGCCAUCUUCACUGGGAAGCGAGCCCUCAUCUCUUUCCUGUCUUGGCUUGAUUACUGCGACCAGCUCAUCAAAGAGGCACAGAAGACAGCAGCUGCAGUGUUGGCCAAGGUGGUGAGAGAGCGUUUCUUUGUUUCCAUCUUGGAACCCCAGCUGAUGCAGACGUCCGAGGUUGGCAUCCUGACCUCCACAGCUCUGCUGAACCGGAUCAUUCGCCAGGUGACCUCAGAGGCCCUGCUUAAGGAGAUGGUCUACUUCCUGUUGGGGGAGGAUAUGGGACCUGAGGCCCUUGCAUCCAUUUCCCAGCAUCCCCUGCGACACAGGCUCAUUGAGCACUGCGACCACUUGUCUGACGAGAUCAGCAUCAUGACACUGCGUCUGUUCGAACACCUGAUCCAGAAGCCUGACCAGCACAUUGUCCACAGUCUGGUGCUGCGCAGCCUGGGCGAGAGGAACUACCUAGAAAACAAACCACAGGAGGACAAGGAACCCUUGGAGAACGGGCAGCCCCACGACUCCGUGGAUCUUGAAGAGGACCCUCUGUUUGGUGAUGACCUCUCUGCAGAUAACAGGUUGUCCAGCCCUAAUUGGUUGAGCACCUCCCCCAUACAGAGUCCUGACCAUGCUAAACCAGAUGGCAAGACCGAGGUCCACAAGAUUGUAAACAGUUUCCUGUGUUUGGUGCCUGAUGAGGCCAAGUCAUCGUCUCAUGUUGACGGGACCGGUUAUGACACCUAUCUAAGGGACGCACACAGACAGUUUCGGGAUUACUGUGGGAUCUGUCAGAGGUGGGACUGGCGCGGCACCCCCAAGCCCAUUGAGAAGUGUCACCUGGACAACCCCUUCUUUGAAGGCCACUUCCUCAAAGUCCUCUUUGACAGGAUGGGCCGUAUUUUGGAUCAGCCCUACGAUGUGAACCUUCAAGUGACGUCGGUGCUAUCCAAACUAUCCCUGUUACCCCACCCUCACAUGCAUGAGUAUCUGCUGGACCCCUACAUCAACCUGGGGCCUGGCUGUCGGUCGCUCUUCUCCGUCAUCGUCAGGGUGGUUGGGGACCUCAUGUUGAGGAUUCAGCGCAUCCCAGACUUCACACCCAAACUCCUGCUGGUGAGAAAGAGACUGCUUGGCCUGGAACCAGAGGGCUUAAACGUCGACCACAUGACCCUGCUGGAGGGGGUGAUCGUACUCGAAGAGUUCUGCAAGGAGCUAGCCGCCAUCGCCUUUGUCAAGUUCCAUGCCGCUGCCUCUUCGUCCCCCUGAAACUCGACUCCCAUGGUCAGGCAGGAAGGGCCAGGACUGAACCCUUGGCAGGGAACUCUUUGGCCAAGGAAAGGAUCAACAAUUCCCUGCUUAUAUCCCACUGGCCACCUUCACAUAAAAUCUGCCCCAAGGAAACGUAAGCAUAUUCCAUCAAAUGUCUUGGGGUUCCACUACAGAAAAGUGGCUCUGCCCCCUCGGUCCUAACCGGAACAAUGUCUGGAUCCUGGGGGAGGGGCUGGGGACUUUGUUUGGGGGCUGAGGGUGGAUGGACGUGGUAGGAGAGCGGACAUUCUCUGGACGGUUUGAGGUGGACAGAUUCCCCGCGUGCCCCGCGUCCCAUUCCGUCUGUCUCUCCUGCCAGCCAGACAGUAGCCACUUAACUGUUUGUCAUUGAGAGAAAAGGUUUGUGUUUAUUUAUUUCUGCUAUAUUUUUUUUGACUCUGCCAUUUUGUAUGCCUUAGUGUUGGAUUAUAAUGCCUUUUCAGAUCCACUUUUAGGAGACAGUUUCCUAUUGAAACAUUUCCCAUUUCAUUAAUACCCAUUCUGUGUAAAAGUGUGUCAAUGUUAUUAAUGUUAAAAUGUAUGUAAGAUAUAAAUUAGCCCCCAUAUUCCUUACCAAAAUCAGGUAGUUUUGUUUCGAUUUGUUUGGAAUUUGAAGAAGAAAUUUAUAUUCAACUUCUGAUAAAGGAAUCGCAAGGUUCCAUAUUCACACCAUUAUGUUUUCAGGUUGCCUUUUAAACUGUUACAUAUUUGUAACAAAACUUUUUUUAAACUAAUUGAAUAGUGCUUCAAUUAUGUGGACUUAUGCGAGAGACGAGGAGCUUGUAAUGCAAAUUAGUUUGCAACAAAACCGUCCAAUUUGGAGCUGUCCAUGAUGAUAAUAUGUAAACGUCUGUGUUUCCAAUGCUUAGGCUGGAUAGAUUAUCCUGUUCGUUUUUGUGCCUGUGUUUUAUUGUUUUCAACCUCAAACCUCACUAGCAACAGGGUCACAUUAUUCAUCACACUACGCCAUGUGGUGUUACAUUCUGUUGAAUGUGGAUCCUUGGAGAAUCAAAUUCAAUUGGCUCACUAUGUUCAGUUGCAUACAGAAUCAUAUGAUUCUAUGCUUGUAGGGAGCUAUUGGACGUGUCAGUGUUCAAGGAGAGUGACAGUUUGGUUUCUUCUUUUGCCAACAUGAGUGUUUUCUGUUGAUUACCAUUUAUGGUUGUUUCCAAAUGUACACUGCUGAAUUGUACACUUGUCUUUAUCUGUGCUACUGGCUUGGCUGUCUUAUAAUGAUCUUAUUUUGAGCACACUUCAUACCUGUUAUUAAUUGUUUAUUUAUAAAGGGUCAUUUUAAUUUUAUCUGUGAAAGGGGUUUGGUGGUCCCUAACGCAGUCCUACUUCAUAAAUAUUUUUUGGUUAGCUUACAGUAAGUUCUAGGCCUACCAGAAAUGUUUGUGAACACUGUACAGACAUUAGAUGUCAGCUUCAUUCAUAAGCUACCAUUUAUAUUUAUGAAUGCAUGUUUUGUCAUCGAGGUAUUGAAUUCAUCAGCAGUAUUGUUUUCCAGCAUGGUCUUGCAGGAGGCAGAGAAAAGGACUGAAAUGAAUGUGCCCUUAAUGUAAGGGGGAAAAAAUCUUGAACGAUGGAUUAUAGUUUAGUAAUAUUGUGGUGUGGAACCUAAUGGAACCAGGAUUCCAUACCUGUUAUUGUGGUGUGGAACCUAAUGGAACCAGGAUUCCAUACCUGUUAUUGUGGUGUGGGACAUAAUGGAACCAGGAUUCCGUACCUGUUACCAUCUUGCUGCGGAGGUUGGACAACUACACUUUAUUCUUUGAUUAGUUUGAAUUAAGGAUCUACUUGACUUAACCGAGGUUGGUGCUGGGGAUGAGAUAAUGCUUCAGGUUUGUACCAUGGAAGGUGAGAGUUUUAUUUUAAUGAAUGUGUGUGUUAGUCUGCCUGCACUUACUGUAGUUACACAGAAUGGAGGAGUCUUUAAGUCAGGUUAAGGGUUGACAUAUUCAAGGCUAGCCACAACAUAUUCCCCCCUCCCCCUCUGAACUAUGUCUGAAAGCAGGAUCAACAAGUUAGCCGGUUUACCUGCUUCAACUUUCUGAAUAACUUUUGAGGAAGAUGUUCAUGGAAUGGACAUUCAGUGAUUCACCAAGCCAGUAUCAAAGGUUAACUUAUGUAAUUUCAUGUUUAAAGUGACCUGGCUAACUUGGGGUUCCUGCUUUGUGUCAUACCUUCUGUCACCUAAUUAUGCAAAUAUUUGCAUGAACACAGAUUUGCACAUUGUUUUCAUUCUUGUUCAUUGUUGUGUAAAUAAUACCAAUACUCAAAAGCUUUUUUUUUUGUUUUACUUAAUUUGUUUGUAACUUUUGUAUCAUAAACCAAAAAAGGAUUAGGAUAUACCUUUCAGUAGCAACUUGGAACAUGUUUUUUUCUAAAUCAUCCAAAAGCAACGUUUCUAACUUUUCUGUACUGGUCUGGGGGUAUAUAUACACAUGUACAUAGCAAUAUUGCUGGGUGUAAAAUGCAUGCACAUCAUUCAUAUUAAGGAGAAAAGCAGCCACUCUAAUCAAGCCUGUUUCUAGGUCUUUGUGUUGUCUGGCUAACUUCUGUUGCCAUUGUCACAAUAACGACUGGUUUGUCUCAUCAUUCAAACUUUUACAAUCUGGAACCAGGCUCUUAUCCCAUCCAUGAUAAAAAAAAAAAAAUUGCCCAGGAAAUACAAUGAUGCCUUCACACUGUAGUUCUCAAUGAUGGCAUUUUAACAGAGAACUGGUUUUACUGUUUGGGUUUGAACUAAAAGUUCAGAGUUAAGUAUUAGCGGAUUCCUUUGUGGUAGGUUUUAGAUUUGUGUAGGUAUAUAGGACUUGUAUUUCCCUGACAUGGCACAAAAUUCUGUCAUCUGAUGCCAAGUUAGAUUUUUAUUGUUAUCUGCUUAGACCAAUCACUGUAUCUUGGUUAAAAAAUGAAUUUAAUUGAUCUCCAUUGCUGCUUAACACUGGGCUUGAAAUGGGGUAUGCUUUUUCUUUUUCAAAAAACUUUAUUUCGUGAUUGGUGCAAUCAUGCUGUUAAAAUGGAAGGUAAAUUGCAUGCUUAUUCCUUAUCAUUAAUGCUUGUGAUCAGUGUGUCAAGGUGACUUAACACUGAAUUGGGUUGUUUUCUGCAGUUUCUCACAUUCACUCAGGGACAUUGCGUCUUUAUUCACAUCCGCCGUGUCUGCUUUCUGCUUUAGUUCUCGGUGUGCAUACAGGACAACUAUUACAAAAAAGAUCCGUCCAAUAAAGACCGCUUUUUACA